GCCGCUCAAGUGCCACAGACAACAAUGACAGCAAUACCAAUGGAAGUGCGGUUCCUACUCAAGGAGCAAAGGUAGAGCGUGCCGCGGUGAUUGAGGACAAAGUGGACCAAAUCAUCAGGAAACAGAACGGCCUCAUCACCAGAAAACGGGACAAGACCAUGUGUUCGCACGGGCCACGUGGCAUGUGCGAUCACUGCCGGGCUCUAGAUGCAUGGGACGAGAACUAUCUGAAAGAAAAUAAUAUUAAACACAUGUCCUUCCACGCCUUUCUACGCAAGCAAUCGGGGGGGAUGAAGAAGGACAAGCACGUGUCACUGUCAGACACCUCGCUGCGGAUCAAGACAGGCUGUACCACACACCCUCCGUGGCCUGAGGGCAUCUGCUCAAAGUGCCAACCGUCAGCUGUCACACUGAAACGACAG